UGAAUUGAAUUUAUUUGAAAUUAUGAAUUAUCAGUUUAUUAGGAUCUUCUUCUUUACCUCCUUGAUCGCUGCGAUAUAACUCUUGCUUCAUGAGUUAAUUCUAAUUUCUUGGAGCAAUUUGAUUAUUUUUAUUGUUCCUGACUUUCUGCUAAAGUUUAUUUUACUGUACUCAGGAUUUUUGGCCCAUCCUUAAUUUUAGAACUUCAAUGUUUCUCACUACUCUAGUCAUCUCUAGUCAAUAAGGAGGCAUGCGAAAUACUCUGGGUAUUAUUGAAUCUUCGAUGCUUCUUGUUAAACUUGCUGUAUUAGUUUCUGCAUCCUCUAUCAAGUUUAUGAAUCCAUUUUUGUUCUAAUAGCAAAAAUUGUAAGAAUCCUUUCAAAGAUUAAGAGUUACCUUGAAAAAUAAACAGUCUUUAUUGCACUAAGCUAUUAUAACUAAACCAGAUUCCAUUAGGGACUAGUACUAGGAUUAAACUUCACUUUGCUCGAGGUUCUUGUUGAUUUUAAUCUUACCUCUUCUCUUUGAUAGUUUAGUAUAUCUUUGGACAACUGAUAUGUCAAUGAGCUCUCGUCUACAUUCAGGGUGCCUUUAUCAGAGUACAUUAUAUCUAAGAGCCCAAUUUAGAACAGGUUUUUAUCAACUAUAUCUAAGAAUCCGACUUUAAGAGCUCUUUUAGUUCUGAGCCUGUAACUAUAGUUGGAUUUUUCACUCAGAAUAUCUCUGAUCUGAUUCUCUGAUAGUUCAACUUUAUCACGCUGAGCGAUCUUCUCUUUAACUAUUUUCAAGAUGAGUAGUUUCUAACAAGGAGCUCCAUACUUUUCACUAAACUGGUCAAAUAGACCUCAUUAACUUGUUCCUGAAACAAUCGAUCUAUACUGGGGGAUUUAACUUCCUUUCACUAGCUUGGUAUCCCUCCUUGUCAUAUUGAAAAUAAUUAUAGAGGUUUUACAUUUCCUUCAAAUUGAUAAGAAAUUGUCUGACUCUCUUUAAAUGACUUACCAAAGUAUUUUCUGUAUCUCAUAGAAUUGUUAAGUGCUUAUACGUUUGGAUGAGGAAUGAUGAUGCUCUUCUUCAGAUUAUAUUAUUGGCUCAUUGAUAAGAAGCCUAUCGUCUUCUUUAAUUAUCUGCUGGAAGAGAAGAUUCUUCGGGGUUUACUGAAAUUUUUAUCUUUGCAAUAAAUUCUACGCUGAUACCUUCCAGGCUAAAAAUUUGCAUCAGAAAUUUGAGAUUUUAUUAUAUUAAACACUUUGUGGUUUUGGUGUGUAUAUGAGUAGCUAUUCUACUCUUUCGGGAAGAUUUGAUAGGCCUUUCUCUUGCUCCAUUAUCUCGUUAUUUCAUUGAGCUAAUAAUAGCAUCAAAAUCCUCCUGGGUCAUAGUCUAGAGUCUUUUAUCAAAGUCCUUAUGUCUGGAGCAGAAUACUUCUGCCAGUGAACUUUGACUUGCAAAUACUUUCAUAUCUUCAUCUUAUAUUCAUUAAGCUGUAUAGUUCUCGUUCAGUAUUUUAGGAUUGUUUUUCACUCUUUAAUCUCUGAAAUAAAGUUUUUGAGAGGGAUACCACACAAGCAUAUUAAAGAAAUUGUCAGAAUCCUCACAGAAAUGCAGUCAAAUGAGAGACACCAGAAUAUGCUGAUCACUGUUGAAAUUAGAAUGAACAACCUUAAAAAUCCUGAAUGCAACUUUCUCAGAUCAAAAUUAGACUUUUGUAUUCCAAGGUCACCAAGCUCAACUCUUAAUCAUGAAUAAUAGUGUUCAAUCA